CGAGGACUCGGGUUAUAUCCAUGGACCUUCUUCCUUGUCCUCGCGAAUGUUAAACGGCCGCAUGAUGCGCAUGGUGCUCAUAAAUAUUGCAAAGGUCUUCGUCUUCUGUAGCGCACAAAAUAAAGUGCUUCCAACAUUCACGCGCGCUGCGCGGACCCCGCCUCCACUGCUUGCACUUCGACAGAAUGUACACCGGAACCAGAAAUUGUGACAGCCAGCACGACGUCGUGUACAACCUUGCACUAUCUUCGAGGGCCAGCAUGCUGCAGCGACGUCAAAGUUUAUUUUCUUAGCACGAGCAGAAGCAUUACAUCACGACGACCUUCCUCGAGCGGAAUAUGGGCGGUUGUUUCCCCACCGCUCUUGGGGGCACUGGUUGGGGCGGGGGCGGGGCGCAAACGUGGACGGAAGUGGUCUACGGUGCGGAGCCGAGGUAUGGAAGCGUCAGAAUUGAAAUCGUCAAAGUUGAAGUAAUUUCUCAUGCAUAAAUUGCAAGGCAUGGAGUGCCUCUCUUGCAGGGACGGCAAGUGAGGCCGACUGUCAGCCUGUUUGGGGUCUGCGGUAGAGCUGCUAAAGUAGCAUGACACAAGACGCCUUCUGUCCCUAAACAGCAUGACAAACUGGAUUUAGUCGGUGCCGAAAUUUGUCAUGCACCGCUUGAAAAUUGGGCUUGGCUUCCGACUGGUAUCGAUUUCAUGCAUCACAAGUCAUUUCAACUUUGUCAAUUUCAAACCUGACACUCCCAUACGAGGCAGUGUUUGGAGUCCAAGAGAAACAGCAGCUGUGAGUUUUACUUCAAUGACAAAAAGGAAGACAAGCUGAGCGACGACUUGUCGGAGUUGCUGAGGGAAAUCUACCCCGGACUGCACAAAGUUUUCCAGGAAAGAAUCUUCAAGACCACAGGGAGUUCCGAGUUGGACGACCUCCCACCAGGAGGCCGGAACAACGAUUCCACUUCACACCAGCGAUUGGUUUACACGCCUGCCAUUGGCGACUGGCAGCGGGACUUUCCGGGUUCUUGGAUGCUCCAAUUUGUGCCUGCGCUGCCUUUCAACGCAGAGUUGCGACAGCAGAUAUUCCUCGUGCCGCAAUUGACGAGCGAGCAGGAGAACAGCUUGUCUGAGGAGGAGAAGCAAAAACUGCAGCGCCAGAAACAGCAAAACAACGCUUGCACCUUCUUCACGUACGCCUUCGGCCCCUUGCCGUUUUUGAACCUGGACAACAUAAAAGAGGCACGCAUGGUUGUAAACGCGAACCAGAAGUUUUUGGGGUUGGCUUUCGACGACUACGGUAAGUUUGUGAAACAAUUCGACGUGCUGGAUCUCGACUUGACGGAUAAGGGGUUCGAGAAAAUGGAGAUUGUCAACGAGGACUUCGAGGAAGAACUGAAGAAAAAUCCGUCGGAAGUUCCCAAAUUGAAACAGUCCUCGAAACUGAAAAUGGUUUUCCCCUGCACAAAAACCAUCCUGGACGCGAACGACGAAGACGAGGACGAUUUUAUCAAAUCCUUCAAAUUCCAUUUCACCUUCCUCGGCCGGUUUUCCCCCCAUCUAAUCCCCUUCGGCAACGUUUUCUACAAGGGGAAAAUAGCCGUCGCCCCGCGGAGCAAAGGCGCACAGCUGCUGGAGGAGCAGCAGAAAAUCGGAUGUGCGCUCGGCUCGGUGUUGAGCGGGAUGCUGCACACACGGUCGUUCCAAACGGAGCUGUUUCUCAGCGACAGAGGGUGGCAACUGAAGGUUUUUCCAGGGAGGGACAGUAAGUCUCCUGACAGAGCAGGAGAGCAACAGCAGCAAGAACAGAACCUUCAAACGAACAAUAGCAGUAAACAUUCCCAUUCGAUUUUCGUCUGGCCGCUGCUGUUCUUCCCGAUUGACGUGGUGAAAAAACUCCCCCUGUACGACGGUGGUACGUCCUACCUUCGGGGAACGGCAAGACCGGAACUGGCGACGGAGGAAGACUUGGCACCAGAUGAGUUCGACGAGGAAAUUCUGGAAACCAACAUUUACACGCAGCUUUCCUCCCUCGAGUGCCGAAAGGAGGAGGGUUUCGUGCCGAGCUGCUACAGCAUGCGCGACAGUUUCCGGUUUGCUGGAAAUAAUAGCGAGCAAACACUAUCAGAAAUAGCGACAACAGCCGGAGCUGCUGAACAUGAGCAACUCGAAACCCUCCUGAGCACGACCCCAACCCCUUUCGCCUCCACGCCCGAACAGCAAGCGGUGUUCUUGCAGGACAACUACGGGAACUACCGGAUUUUCUCUAAAGUACAAGAAUCCAGCUUGAACUUUAUCCGGGUGGAUUUCCAGCUGCUGGAGGUAAAGGACUCGGGGAUCGCAACCGGGGCAGAUAUGGAAGAAAUAAGCGGGGAAGAUGCGAGUACAACAAGUCCGAACAGACGAAAUUCUUCCGGAGGUAGUUCUUUGGAUCAUCCGAAUAAAGAUGUUCUUGCACCUCCUCCGCCACAACAGCCAGAGAUGAUCGAACUUUUCACGUUUGAAGGGUUUCCAAUGCCAAAUCCCUGCUCGAAGUUGGUGGAAAUUGCACCUUAUGAACUGCAAAAGUAUCGUACUCGUAUAAAUGCAUCACAAAUUUCCUCAGCGUGAGAAAUAAAAUUUCUCAUGCUGAUUUACCUUAAGAAAAAGAUGCAAGACUUGCAUUUACACGAUACUUUUGCACAGGAUACGCCUCCGGCGGAGCAGGAUUUAUACGACGAUCACCUUCUUGCAGGAGCCGGCGCUCCGAAUAGUACUAACCUGACGCAGUCUUUGCCGAUAGCAGGAGGAGGAUCUCCGACUGGCCCUCGUCCCACCUCCCCCUCCGGCCGCCCGGGACUGUCCAAUCUGGACGCGAAAAUUGCGCAGGACCAGAGGGCCAAAAUCGGGCAGACGAAGAACCUCGUCGACCAGAACAAGAAGAACUUCGAGCUGAAUCAGCGCAUGCAGCAGCAGUUCAUGCAGGCGGACAUGGAAAUGAGCAAGAGCCCGCAGUCGUCGCCCGGGAGCCGACGGCGGUUGAACCGGUUGAGUUCCAUGGGGAUGGGGGGGAGGUUAUCAAAAGGAAAAAUUUAUUCCCGUUCCCAUAUCGAACAAAAGGAAGUUUGUGAUGCCGGAUGUGCGUACACAAAUCAGAUUUGUCUUGCAGCAGAGAACUGCAGUCAUAUGCCAACCCUGGGCACCAGCGAGGUUUUGACGUAGGGGCUUAGCAUUACAAAUGUCCACACUGUAGGCCGAGCAGCAUCACAAACCGCCUGCAUAAUGCGGCGUAGCCUGUGGAGUUGCCUUCUUGCAAAACAGUGACGAUUUGUGGCCACAGAUCAGCAUUGCAAAUUUUCUGUGGCCUCCUUUUCGAUAUGGGGAGGGUGGAUUUUUCCUUGCGAUAGAGGUCUCGGUCGAUGCUCGGCUUUGGUCUCUCCCCGACGUCGGGCUCCGGGCCAUAUCAAAUGCAAAAAUGUCUGGGUCUGGAACGUUGCAAGACUUGUAAUGCAGGUUUUCCAUGACCCAUGAGGUCUGGAAUGCGAGUCCCAUCAUCACAGAUUCUUUGAGGUCUCUACCAUGCCUUUCCUGCAUGAGAAACUCCCUCUCAACUUAGUCAAAAGCGGACAGCUUUUGGUACUCACGCAACACAGAUUUUUGCAUCAUUCAGAUUUAGCAUGACAAGAUUUAGCGCAGUUCAGAUUUAGCGAAGUUCAGACUAGCAUGACAAGUUUUAAUUUUCCAGACCCAGACAUAUUUGCAAUGCAUAGGCCAGUAUCGCCCGCAAUGGAAAAGAAGCAGGUGGAGCAAGCCAAGCCGGUGAUCCAGGAACUCGUGAAGGACCUGACACUGCAAAUCACGAAGCAAGUGAUGGAGACUCUGGAGAAGGACGAAAUGCAAGAGAAACUUCUCCGCUAUGAGCCGGACAACAUCGAAAGGUUUCACGAGAGCGUCAUGCGGGAGAAGAACCGGUUGAUUCAACUGGAGGAAAAACGGAAAGAACGGAUACGGUUGAAGCACGGCGUGGACGACCUCGAUUUCUCGGCCGUGGGGAAGACGUACGACCACAAGGGGUUGGACAAAUUCUUUCUCGAAGAAGAAGAUGAGACUGUGAAGCCGACGAAACUGAACGCGAGCGCCGCGAUGGGGCAGUCCGCCGGAUCGGCCGGGCUCGGAUUGGUGGAAAAGUCGGAGACCAUGAUCCGGCACCAGGAGCGGAUUCAAAGAAAGGAAAAAGCGAAAAAGCAGCGAUUACUGGAGGAGGAAGAGGAAAGGGACCAGAUGCUGGCGAGGUUGGCGAAAAAGCAAGUGCUGGCAACGGAAUAGGGCGGGAAAGAGAUGAGUUGCGAGGACUCGGCCUCGGCAAAGAACUGUGUCGACGAAGUUGUUGGGUGCUUUUUGACACAUUUUGAAUAUCUGUAUGAUGGUGUUGCCGAGGAAACAGUAAGUUUCAAGAACGAAGAUACUGAAAGAAUACCCACGACCUGUGUAGAAGUCGAU